UUUACACACACAAAUUAUUACCCUAUAAAUAUCCCUUCAUGUUCUAACCCUAAUUAUCAAAUCCAACAAGAAAAGCCAUGGCUCUCCGUUCAUCAACCUCUCUUCACCAUCUUCUUCUUCUUCUUCUUCUUCUUCCUCUCUUGCUUCUUACCUUAACCCCAUCAAAGGUCGCCGCCAGUUCUCACCACCACGACCGCCACGGCCACCUGAAGUCCCUCCACUUCUCUCUCUUCCAACACGAAACCAUAAACAAAACAGGCUACAUCAUAGUAGAAGGUAUUACAGGAGGACCAGGAGUGACUCAAACGACAACCCCAUUUGGUACCUAUUUUGUGUUUCAGGACAUUUUGACUGAGACAGUCAACAUGUCGUCCAAAGUUGUCGGGACGGCAGAAGGAACAUCCAUAACCUCGAGCUUUGAUGGGCUUCAGAGCAUCUCAGUCGCUAAGCUGACUCUGAACUUGAAAAACCACAAGGGGUCUGUUUCUGUGGUUGGAGUGACCAACAAUGUGAAGCACUCGAAUCUUCCGGUGGUGGGAGGUACUGAGGAUUUCUUGUUCGUGCAAGGUUACGUUGCUUCUUCUCCGAUUGAUCUCAAGGGUCGGACCGUUGUGUAUAAGAUUGAGUUUCAUCUGUAUUGGCCUCCUUAUGCUUCUUGAAGACAUGGGUUUGAUGGAUUAUAGUGUUUUGAUUUAAUUAUUAAGGUUUCAAUAAUUUCAACGUCUUUGGAUGAAGAAAGUUCCCCUAGCUAGUCGGUGAUUUAAUGGUGGGUUCUUAGAAGGUAGCCUUUCAUUUUCUUGUCUGUCGUUUGUGCGUAGAGCAGUUUAUUUGUGCAUUGAAAAUGAAUUAGUCUCGUUAAAUUAAAUUAAAAUAUUCAGUGAAACCUACAAUACAUGGAGAACUGGGAGUCGAGACAAGAUGUUUGAAUCUUUGACUUUUAUUUUUGCUUUA